AAAUAUUGGCCAUUCGGAAUGUUGCUGUACACCAAGGAGCUCGUGGCACCUCGUCCAAAUCGCGGUCAGGGUCUGCUGCGCUUCAAGCAGAAUCUGCUCAGGAAGAAGGUUGUGAAUCCGCUGAGGGAUUCAUUUUCACAUUCCACCAUACAUGGCAUGCGGUAUGUGUUUUUGGAGAGUCAUUUCUGGGUGCGCUGCCUGUGGCUGGUCAUUGUAGUGGGAGCGGCCGUCACCUGCUUCAGCCUGUACUCCGUCCUGAUGCAUCGUCACAACGAGCAGCUGCUGGUCAGCGUGAUAGACACCACUCAAUUGCCAGUAUACCACAUCGACUUCCCCGCGGUGGCGAUCUGCCCCUGGAAUCAUGUCAACUGGUUACGUGUUCCAGAUUCCGCCCUCCGAUUCUUGCCCCGCAACGCUGAUAGCGAGCUAAGGGAAACGUUUCGCCAGUUUCUUCUUGUCCUGGAGCAGACAACCUUCGUGAACUUCAAUAAAGCAAUCAGACUGUCCGAGCGCAAUCUUACAGCGCUGGCAUCGUUGAAUAUGAAAACAGUGAUCAACUACUUGUCGCACCGCUGCGACGAGCUGUUCGUCCCGGACUCCUGCGUAUUCGAUGAGACGCCCUACGACUGCUGCAAGCUUUUCGUGCCGGAGCAAACCGAAAAGGGGCAGUGUCUGGUCUUCAACUCUCUCAUCUCGGAACACUCGCGCAAGAAGCAGAUCACCAACAAGUUCUACCCGUACAAACUGAGCACUGCAGGCGAAGAGUCGGGUCUCCAGUUCACCAUCAACUUGAAUGUAUCCUAUCUGCGAGCUGGCACAGAGCUUCCCUUUGGAAUGAAUCUAAUGAUCAAGGAGCCUCGUCAGUGGUCCAACAAUAUGCUUUCUCACCUCCAUCCGGACACAGAGAACUUUCUGGCAGUACAUCCCAUGGUCACCGAGACAUCCCCGAACACAUACGAUAUGAGUCCCAAGAGGAGACGGUGUUACUUUGAUCACGAGAAAAACCCUCACUAUCAGGGCACAACACUGGCCUAUAAUCGGGAAAAUUGCAUGACAAUGUGCCUUCAUCAGGCAGUGAUAAGGAUCUGCAACUGUACGACACCAGCUUUCCUACCACCCAUAGAGGGCAUCCGUGAGUGCGGAGUUGUGGAUGCCAAAUGCCUCAGCCUCAACGCCGAUGUCUUUAGCUAUGUGAAGGUGCGCGACCAGGAUAAGUUCAUCAACGACUGGCGACGCGGUCACAUCUGUCAUUGCCCCGACAAUUGCAACUCUCGAAAGUACGUUAUGACGCUCAACGUCCGCAAAUUGAAUUACGAUAAGAACGAGACCAACAGAGUAAUUAAGGCACAGAUAUAUUACGGCCAGCGAGUGAUGACCAAAAUCGUGACCAAGUUGAAGUACACAGAUCUCGAUAUAUUAGCCAAUUUUGGGGGUAUCGUAAGUCUAUAUAUUGGCGCCUCUGCAAUGAGUUUCGUCGAGCUUUACAUCAUGCUGGGAAAGCUUCUGUGGACACUUAUCACGGAAGCAUACUCUAAGGCAAAAGCGUGGAUUACACUGGCAUAACUGAUAAUGAAACGAUGACAUAUAUAUUUACUCUGUCGUUGAUUGGUUACGAAUAAAACAAUUGAGAGUUGAAAAGCUUAA